GAUGGCGAGUCUAAGAAGAAGCGAGGCCGCCUCAUGGGCAAGCUGUUUGGCAAGGACCGCAAAGCUGAGGAGUCGGCCAACGCCGCAUCUGUAGAUGCCUUCCUGCACAGCUCUGCCGACACGCUCAACGUCUCCCACCCGCCGCCACCGCUUCCUCCCCAGGUCUCGCUCUCGCUGCCCAAGCUGGACACCAGCAUCUCUCGCUUCCCCCAAGCUCAGCAAGCUCAGCAGAUCCGCACUGUAGCUCCAGGCGCUGGCAAUGAUGUCCGAUCUCCAAAGCGAAGCCCACGACCGAGCCGCAAGGGCCUCUCGGUGAGGUUCACGGAAUCAUACCCCGAGAUCAUGGGCGAAGGCGGUGACGAGUCCGAGACGCCAACGAUAGAGAUAUCGAGGAGGAAGAAGGACCGCCAGCAACCUCCCCCACCGACACCGCCUCAGAGUCGGCCGAACCCACCUUCGAGCAGGCCCUCUUACUCCAACAACGAUCUGUCGUCCUUGCAGGAUGACUUCGUACCAAAGCCCAUAUCUCGAACCCAAACCGGCUACUCGACCAAUUCGUCGAUGCUGGAACCACAGACCCCUAGUAGAAACCUCUUGGGAGUUUCAAGCAACACUGAUGAAAACAGAAAGUCCUUCAUCGAGAUUCAUCAGGCCCAGAUGGCACUGGCGGAGGGAAGGGCCUUUGCCAAGGCUGCCCGCACCGCCAGUGCAGCAUCCGAGCAUGAUUGGGGUGAGAGGAAGCUGCCCUCAUCCCGCGAGCUAAACGAUUCCCCAGAACCUACGUCUCCCGAAGCCCAGGCCAGGCCAACUACCGACUACAGCCCUGUUACCUCCAUGUCUACAAACUCCAGCACCUACCCGUCGCCGAGCAAUCCAACUGCAUCAAAGUCGUUACGCGACAUUCCGCGACGCCCAAGCGGCAGCUCCCAGAAUGACCCCCCGCCCCGCGCUCCACCGUCCAUGGCUUCGAGAGCGCUCUCGGUUCGUGUCACUGACGCGGUAGCCGGCAGCGAAGCCCUCAAGACUUUUGUUGCCAGAAGCAGGCAUCUCUUUGCGCUAUUCCGUCUACAUGCCGAGCAAGUACGGCCGCUGUCAUCUUGUUCCCAGUCGCAGCUUGCGCGAGGAAGUCUUUGGUGGUUUUUGAGAGGCAGAAUGGGCUUGGAGGCAGCUAUUCGUGACCGCCCAACUACUCCCCAGUCGCAAAUGCAGCUCGACCUAGACCGACAGCAGGCGCACUCUAACCUGGCCAAAUCGUAUUGGCUCUGCCAGGAAAUCCUCCCCAACCUCGUUGAAUCUCAAGGCCUGGCGCCAGAUGCCGAGGUUGCGGACGUGGCUCAAAAUCUGGUGACGGCUCUGACGAAACUUGCCAUCUCGAUGAAGCGAAACCAAAUUCUCCCUCCGGAAGAUGCCGUGCUACCGCAGACCAUUGACAAGUCCAUCUGGGUGGAAUAUCCUCCGCUGAGCCAGGAUAUGGUCGCCUUGCUGACGGGCAACUGGGGCGGCGGCCUGACCGCGAUGCAGCACCCCAUGACCUACCUCGAGCUGCUGGACGCUUUCCCCGUGGGCGAUACGGCGGAAACGUUUUGCUACGGCAGAUUGCCCGCCGAGGUUUACCUCAUGGAGCAAGGGAGGGAGAACAAGCAGUUGCGCUUCCUCUGCAUGCUGUCUCUGGUUCGGCCCACCAAGCAGAACGGACUCAUCUUUGUCCUUUCUAGCCAGGACGGCAACAUCCAACUGCCAAUCCAAGAUCGAACAAGCGCAGGCGGGCCAUGCUGGGAGGACAUUCGCUGGAGACCCGAGACUUCUUCCUUUGACCUACGUCUGCCCCGUGGCUUCAAGCUGUCGGUACAGCUGUCACAGAGCGACUACAGAAUGCUUUACAACAUGUACGACUACGCCUCGAAGCUCCAGCAAACGCUCCAGCCGCGGCCAGACGAGCAGGUGGUGUUUCGAAACACACUCAAAUCCUUCCAGUACCUGGAUGCGGACCCCAACUCCCGAGCAUUCCCCAAGGAUCCGAUACCUUCUUGCGACCUAGCCCUCUUCGAAAAGCUCCGCAAGGAGAAUGGACCACAGGGACAACGAUGCUGGCACACCGGGCUCCGCAUAGCAGUUGUUACUGGGCCAAAGACGAGAACGGCAUGCGGAGUAUCUCACACCUAUCCUCCACCACUGCCAGUGCAGUUUGGAUUCUUUAGAGCCGAAGGAGACCUGCCAGCCUUUUCAGUCAAGUUUGAAAACGGUCGGCAGAAAGGCCGAAUGGUUAUGGUGUUUAGCGACGAAAAGGAACGCACUCGCUUCCACUCGCUGCUCACCGGCACGUCUAUAGAACCCGGUGAGAAGGUCUUUACCGAUGUACAAGUUACCGGCGUUACCAUUGCCCAAAGUCUUCGUGAGCCACUUGGCAUGGCGCCUUUUAGCCGGCUGCAGUGGAAGGCCGGCAGAGUCGUGAAUGACGAGUACGGCUCCGAGGGAGAUGCUCCCCCCACGGUCCUUGCGGACAGGCUGAGGAUUGUCCUGGAGCAUCAGUACGGUACCAUAACUGACAGAAUCAACGUCGAACCCGGGGAACUGCGAAUGCGCCUAGAGGUCAGCAACGCCAAAGUGCUCAAGCUCCUCCGCCAACCACAGCAGGACAUGACGAUUGCAAUCGCUGAAUCGCAAGUGGGCAAGGACGUGCCGCGGAAUAUGUGGGACUCGCUGCAGCUCAUCAAAAUGAACCAGACGAUACGGUCAAUCGAGUUCAGCAGCCUCAAGGACCUCCACGCCUUCCAACACGCAGUCUUUGGCUUUGAAGUCAUUUUCGAUGCGCUGGCAGUCACAUUUGCCAUUGCGCGGCGUCGCAUGGUUGUGCCCAUUCACAAGAAGUGGGAGGCGGGAUAUACCAGAAUUCAGGUCAUCAGGCAAGAAGACAAGCAGCUGCAGUUGCUGGCAUUCUUUGAAGAGUUCAGCCACGGGCACUGCAUGAAUUUUGUGCUCAAGGGCACCGAUCUUUACGAGGCUUUCCACAGAGGCAGCAAGUCGGGCAUUCGGUUUGUCGAUGCCAAAUUUCCGCUCCCGCGGCUGCCGGCCGACAAGGACGGCGACUACGACGACAUGGCCUUUGUCUGCCUAGAUCUCCCGGAUCUACCGGGUGAGCACGACGAUAUCUCCAUCAUGUUUGAAAGCGAAGAAGACCGGGAUCGUCUAGCUCAGUGUCUUCCAGCCUCCAUCAAGGGUUCUUCGAGGAUAUCA